AUGAGAAGGGGCUAUGCGGAUCGAAGGGGCGCCAGCAAGGAAGGGGAAGGGUGGAGUGCGGUGGACACAUGGUUGUCUUGCCACAGAGAGAAUGACGUGUUUGUCGUCACGGUGCCAGGUGAACCGAAGUCUGUGGUGCGACCAGGCGGUUUCAGCGUGAAGGCGUUGCUGAGGUCGCAUGACCUCGGCCACUCGGCACCAAUGAGCAUUGAUCUGUCACCGUGGGGGCUUGCGCGUGUGCCAAUCUCUGUGCCGGCUUUUUCAAGCGGCAUUGGGGAAGCAGACGAUGGUAUAUGGGGAUACAAACAGGCUUUGAUGAGGAUUUGCACAGCGCAGUGCGUUCGGGAUCGGGGGAGUGUACUUAUAGGUGCUGUUGCGCUGAAGGAGUGGUUGUGA